AUAAAUAAAACUUGCUAUUUUAAAAAACAUAACUCGAAAGGCGAAAAAAAAACCUUUGAUGGCAAACAUUUCCUUACCACCGACCACGAUCUUUGGGUAGUUGUCUGUAAGUGUAAGCUACUUCCUGAUCUACCCCUACGCCUUCCACUUAAUUACGAUAACAUCUAUCUGCCUUCCUCACUUCCUGUCUCAACAAACCUCACUUCCCUUCUGCUUACACAGUAGUAGUAUCUAUUUAUUCGGCGACUCGCCGCCGCUUCACUGAGUGACUCAUCCCCCGCCAUGGCCGAGCAGUGGAGAGCCCGGAACGACGACGCUUUCUUGCUCGCCUACAGCGACGAUGACCUCCGCACUGCCUGUGAGUUUCUCACUAAUUGGAUUCCCUUUCUCUCCCGAGGGCUGUGCCAGCCCUGUGUUCGCACUCUCUCCGAUCGCAUCCGAUCUCUCGACCGCGGUACUUUCUCCUUCUAUGGUGGAGGGGUAGUGCUCCCCAAGCAGCAAGAGGAUGUUGCGGUUUCGACAUCAGAAAAUAGGGGAUUGAAUGGGUGUUAUGAUGAAAACUGUGAUACUCAUUCUAUUGGGAGUUGGAAGGAUGGUGCGGAUUUCAAUGAUACUGUUGAUAUACAUUCACUGGGGAUUUGGAAGGACAAGCAGCAAGAGGAUGUUGCGGUUUCAACAUCAGAAAAUAGGGGAUUGAAUGGGUGUUAUGAAAACUGUGAUACUCAUUCUAUUGGGAGUUGGAAGGAUGGUGGGGAUUGUGCGGAUUUCAAUGAUAAUGUUGAUACACAUUCCCUGGGGAGUUGGAAGGACGAGGCAGAUGGGUCUCCAGAGCCAGUGUCUGAGGUUUCUAUACAGGGAAACUCGACAGGGAGCUGGAAAGAUGGGCCAUCGCAGAGUUCUGGUAGGGCGUUGAUGAGAGAAAAAUUCGGUACCCCUGUGUUGGUUGGCAGGCGAGGAGGGGUGAAGAUGUCGUGGGCUGAUAUGGCUCAGGAGGACGAGCUUGAGGUGGGUGAGGAGACUGUUUCAAGUUUGCAGUUGGAUAAUGGGAGUGGUUUGUCUUGGGAGGGAGCAUCCGAGGAUGAGUUCAAGCCAAAAUCGAAGCUGUCAAGGGAGCAAAGAGAGUACAUCCGGUUUAGUAAUGUGAAGAGGAAGAAAGAUUUUAUAUGCUUGGAGAGGAUCAAUGGGAAAAUUGUAAACAUACUCGACGGCUUGGAGCUACAUACGGGUGUUUUCAGUGCUGCAGAGCAAAUUAGGAUAGUUGAUUACGUGGAAACACUCAAAGAUAUGGGAAAGAACGGCCAGCUAAAAGAUAGAACUUAUACUGCACUGCAUAAGGGGAUAAGGGGCAAGGGGCGAGUGACUAUUCAGUUUGGUUGCUGCUAUGACUAUGCAACGGAUCGAAAUGGCAAUCCCUCGGGUAUCCUCAAAGACGAUAUUGUUGAUCCUAUACCUCAACUUCUGAAAGUGAUGAUCAAAAGGCUUGUUAAGUGGCAUGUGAUACCUCCAAACUGCAUUCCCGACAGUUGUAUUGUGAAUAUUUAUGAAGAGGGAGAUUGCAUGCCACCUCAUAUUGAGAAUCAUGAUUUUCUUCGCCCUUUUUGUACUGUUUCGUUCCUUAGUGAAUUUGACGUGCUUUUUGGAUCAAACUUAAAAGUCGUGGGUCCUGAUGAAUUUGACGGUCCAACUGCAAUCUCCUUGCCAGUGGGAUCUGUUCUUGUCUUUAAUGGAAAAGGAGCUGAUGUGGCUAAACAUUGUGUUCCAGCAGUUCCUACCAAAAGGAUCUCAAUUACUUUUAGGAGAAUGGACGGAUCCAAACGACCAGUUGGAUAUGUUCCUGAUCCUGAUUUGCAAGGUCUUCAGCCUCUAUCAUAUGAAGUAGACAAAUAUAAGAAACCAAAGACAGUGAAACCAAGGCGUUCUAUGAAGAAACAGGUGGUCAGACAAGAGGAGAGCGCAGGCAAAAUAAGAAGAUCAAUAGAAAGGAGCUUAGAGCCCCGACACUCGGGCCAAACCCAACAAUGGCAUGCAAGUAGGCACAGGGUGAGGGUGGAUUUGGAAAGGUCAGCCGACAAUUCUUAUACUCGAACAGUAAAAUUUUAACCCGUCAUCUCUUACAGUGAAGAGGUUAUGGUGCAGUGUUGCAUUAGUUUUAGGUUUGUGGUGUGGGUUGCAUACUUUGCCACUGCAUCAUUUACAUGUAUACUCCAUAGACAUUUGGCAUAUUUUUUCAUUGCAUUCUUGCAUAUUAUCACUGGCUGUGGCUUGCCAGUUUGAUAAAAGAAUGCGAAGCCACGGAAAAGGGUAAUUGAAGCCUUUUGAUUGAUUCAGACCAAUACAUUGUAUGAGUGUUCAUCCUUCUCAUUGAUAAUUUGAGUGCAUUUUCAGUUUUUCACUGAUAAA